GACAUAUUGUCACAUGGAGAGAUGGGUCUCUUCGUGGCGGGCCGCAAGAGAAUAUAUCCCUUAAUCCUGAAAGAAGGCAACUUUUUCGAUAGAGCUACUGCUGCGAAUAGUGACAGUGAUGAAGAGGAAUCAUACUGGAAGUCAAAGUAUAUGGAAGAGAGUAGAAAGCUGUCCGAAGAAAAGUUUAGAGCUAAUGAACUAGCAAAAUCACUUGAAAGAACAAAGCAAUUAUUAGAAGAGAGCAAAAAACCUAAAUCGCCAAUACUCCAAGCUAAUCGCGCACCAUUACGAGUCAACUACUCAGAACAAAACCAAGAAGUUCUUAAAAAUCUUGUCAGCAACGAAAUAAGCGGAAACAAUGUGAGAGUUGAACCUGAACAGAAGAAAACUGUCAAAAUUAAAUUUACUACUGACAGAGAAAUUGAGGUUGAAGGCAGCUUGUCGCAAAUGGAACCGAUGCUAGAGAAAAUGGUGCAAAUAUUUAACAAAUCUAACGAUGCCAAGUCCACCAAAUCCCAAGGCGAUGUCAAAGAUGGCAAAACUAAUGUCAAAGAUGACAAAGCUGAUGUCAAAGAUAGCAAGAUUGAUAACAAAACGAAUGUCGAAGAUAGCAAACCUGAUGUCAAAGAUAACAAAGCUAAUAUCAAAGCCAGCAAAACUGAUGUCAAUCGUAGUAAAAAGAAUGUUGAAAACAGCCAAGCUGAUAACGUCGUUCGUGCCGAGGUCGUACGAAUCUCUUCGGAAUCAAGACAAUCUACACCUUUAAUUGAUCCAGAGGUACACGAGAAAGUGAAUAAAUUGGAAAGUGAAAUCUUCAAAAAGAUCGAGGAAAUCGACAAGCAAGACGUAAAUAAGACAGAAAAUGCAAAUAUAACUAUAAGAAGGCGUGGAAGACCAAGAAAAGUGGUAUCUGAAUUAGCAUCCCGUACAUCAUUAGAGAGUUUACCGAAAAAUCGGAAAAUUUCAAACGAAAAGACGGCCCAUCUUAACGCAGUGCCUUCAGACGUACGCAGCGAGGGUGACCGUACUUCUGGGAGACGCAAAACUAUAGCGCCAAAAAAAUAUGCGAGUGACGCGGAGGUAGUGCGAAUUACACGCAAAGCUGUAUCUACCGGCAAAGUAGAGUUUGUGGAAAUACCAGAGAACGAUCCCUCUGUCCGUUACAAAUUCCCCAAAAGAAAUUCAGAACACUCUAGUAGAUAUUUAAAAAAAGAACCAAGAAUCUUCUCAUCUCCCGACUAUUCAAGAUUCGAUGAAAGUACUCAAGGAUAUCAAGACUCCGACAUCAGCCCUCCAAAGCUAAUUGUAAAAAAGAGAAGGAUCAACGCUAAGAGUUCUCAUAGCCGAAAAAUGAGAAGCAACGACCAUCCUUACUUGGCAGAUAUUGAUUCUUGCGAGUCUAAUCUCUCUAAUAUACCUGAUGUUCAAAAAACUUUCCCAAAUUCCAAUCACAAUAGUGAAGUGUACAGAUCAGAAUCAUAUCAAUUGUUGAUGCCUAAAACUAGACCAUUUAGGCAAUUGGAGAAAAUCGACGAAACCAGGCCUACUAAAUGCGAGGUCAAUACUGAAAAUUGCGCUAACCCUGAAGCAACUGCAAAACCAAUAGCACUAUUAAAUGUCGAUGUUGAUUUCAAAACUGAUAUUCCAUCAUGUGAUACUAGUGCACCAAUUACAGGAUCAGGAAGUUUAGGGGGCAACUCUAGCAACAUUUCUUUUCCACUAUCACCUGAACUAUCGAUUGUAGAAAAUCUUUCCCUUGUCAAAGACCUGAUUUCUGACAGCAUUGGAUAUCAUCCAACUUUGAAUGCAACGCAAGCCAGCGGUCCGACAGAUGCUAUUAAUUAUAAUAAAUACUUGAUUUCCGAUGUUGAUAUAUCAGUACCUCUUAUGGCUCAAAAUUGCGAACUACUAAAGAAUCAAGUGGAAAAAUAUGAGAAAGCUACUGUUACUGAGUCGAUGGUGAACAUACGUUCAGUUAACAUGGAAGAACCACUAUCAUCUGAUUCCCUUGAUCAAAAACUACAAAACUUAUUGAUCGAAAGUGCAAAGAAAAUAAAGAAGCACUCCGAUGAACCAACUGGAUAUAACCUUAUGGAUGUUGACCCUACGCCAAAAAAGGUGCAAACGAAGAGAGCUAAAAAACGAUGUUCGACUCCAUGUAAAAGGAAAAGUUCUAAAAUUACAACGCCUGACGCUGAAACCCUAGAAGAACAUACAACAUCUUGCUCUUACGGAGGUAAAACUGUACGUCUUCCAACGAUUAACAUUGUAGCAAGUGACGAACAAAUUGAUAAUAACAAUCUCAAUGUGAGUGAUAAAACUGUUGUGACCGACAAAACUAGAAGGAGGAAGAAGGAAAAUAUUAUCAGGGUGAAAAUACAAAGACCGAAACGAACUCGUGGCAGUGGUAGAAUUUCUGUUUGCACAGACAGCGGAAUCAACGACACUGAAUCUGGAGUAUUCCUUCAAGAAUGUUAUUGUUGCAAUGACUCCGUUAACCUCAUCCAUAACCAUUCAGACACUUGUCUCCAAACUAACGAAUGUCUAGGAGACAGCGUCGAAUUUAUAGAAAAUAAAACAAAAUCUGUUAUUUUGAUACAUGAUUCAAUCUCCAUGGAUAAACAAAUUGACUUGAACAGUGGUAGCACAAGUUAUGAUGAUCUUUUGACUUCUCGGAUGUUUAACAAAGAUGCUCAAGAUGAUGUUAGUCAGAGUAAUGUUGUAAAACCGCUAAUCCACAGCGACAAUAUCAGCAGUACAACAUCUUUCAAUAACCCAUGUUCCAGUAACCAAACCUUCAACAGUCUGUUAACGGAAGAUUUGUCUGAAGACGUCCCAGUUCACUCUAAACCAACCAAGUGGUAUCUUUUAAGCGAAGAUGAAAGUAACACUAAUUUUAUCGAUGUGCCUUUACAAAAUAGAAACACUUCUGGUGAUGGCGCCAACUUAAACCAGAUAUUUCCAUUGACCUGUGCAGUUCCUAACCUAUCCACCAUAUCGGAAAUAUCCAAAGAAAAUGAUAGCAGAAGAUUUGUUUUCGAAUCUGAUUUGGAAACAAAUAGCAACUGCCCAAGCCAUGUGGAUUAGAAUAAGUAAUAUUAUAAAGUAUUGAUAUUUAUAGUAUGAUUUAAUUUCAUAAGUAUAGAGUGCUCUUGGAACUUUAAGGUUGAUGUUGACGAUCGUUCUUGCGUAUGCGGCUUAGAAUAGAAUUUCAAUCUUAUGGUCAACCGUGUCCUUCACCCUGUACAAACUUCACGAUAAAUGCUUUUUCUUUUUCAAUUAUUA